AUGGCGGGCGGACGCGGGACGGCGACGGCGACGCGGGACGCGCCGCGGCCGGGACCGCCGCGACGAGGCGUCGGUUCGACGCUGCGCGCGACGGCGGAGGUGGAGCUCGGAGGGGUGUGCUUGGAGGUGGACGUGCGAGAGGGCUCGCGGGGGCAGGGACGGGAGCGCACGGCGGAUGUGGCGGAGGCGUGCGCGCGGUGGCGGGACGGCGCGGCGCUGUGGCGGUUCGAGUCGAACGUCGUCGAGAGAGCGGAGACGAAGGCGAAGGCCAAGGCCAAGGCCAAGGCGGGGCGUGAUAGGUUUGAGGUAGCUUUAGAUGUGAUUGAGAUCGCGCGUGUGGACGAGGGCGCGGGAUACGGGGAAUUGGCGGCGAUUCGGAUCCAUCCGACGAUGGUGGGCGAAUGUGCGUUUGUGUCCACGCACGGAGAAGUCGCGACGAUGACGGCAGAUGGCGUAAAGCGCGUGCCGUGGCGACCGUUGGGGAGCGAGAUGACUGCGGUUGGCGAUUGGUACGGGCUCGGUUACGGGGCGCAUCCGCGCACGUUGUUACACGGAAGUCACGUCGGAAGCACCGGGAUAUCGAGCGUGCACGAGGUGGAUUUACGAAGUCGUCGGGGCGAGACGCGGCGCGCGCACGAAGCCGAUCGCGGUGAGACGCUUUGCGCGAUAUCUACCGCGUUUGAGCACUAUUACGCCGUCGCAACGCGUGGGUCGACGUCAGAAUCAUCGAACGUUGAGCUGCGCGACGUCAGACGCGCGAACGAUCCCGUGCUUCGCUGGGACCAUCAAGGACUUGUUCCGCCGACGACGUUGCGAAUCGUCGACGUUGCGCAAUGGUGUUCUAAAUGUCGCUCGAUCGUAAUUCAAGCGUUUACGCCAGGCACCAGGGAAGUUUACCUGUACGAGUGCGAGCGUUUCGUGGGCGAGCGGCGAGGACAUUCGGGCGAGCAAGUACGCGCGGUGACGUUCGGCUCCACCAUUCCUCUGCCUUCAUCGAGCGGUGUACACGGCUUUGCGAUGACAAAACUCGGCGUAGAUCGUGGAGGAAUGUUUUGGCGCGACGAAGACGGCGUUUGGUGUCAGAAUUACGCCAUACAUGGCGACGUCAACGCGAUGCGCUUUCAGCCGCCGCAAUUUAGCGAAGAAGACGCGGCCAGACGCGCGGGGGAGGCGGCAGACUUUUUGUCGCGAAACCCAGUUCCUCUAUCACGUUGGCAGCAGAAGCGCGCGCCUGAUGAUGCGUUCAUAGAUCUACCUCAUCUGCACGAGUUCAUCGCCAACGGCGUCGUACCGGUAUCCGAUUUCCCUGUCGACGAUUCGCUCGAGAGGGAUCGGGAUGGCGAACGCGAAACUGUUGCGAGGUUGCACGCCGCGUUUACCGACGGUUGGUGCAUGAAUGCGAGCGAACUUUUGGAGUGCGCGGAGUAUCUACAAGGCGCAUCCAGAGCGUCGGCGUCCAUGCGCAUCGAUGAAUGGCGCAAUCGUUUCCGUACCCGUUCCGAACCUGCGCCGAACUAUGCCGAAUUCAUCGACAUCGCUCUGUCCAAACCACUCACGACUGCAACGCCGUUGGACGACGAGCGGACGCGCGAGAUUAUCGAGCGAGACUUACCGAAGUGGAAGAAGAUUUUCGCCGAAAACUCACUGCCGCAGCCUCUUGAGAUGGCUCUCCGGGACUAUCGACUCGCGAGGUAUCGCGAUGCCGACGAGAUUCAGCACACGAAGUUUGCUCGGCGGCUCUUUCACGCGUCUCGGUGCUUGAACGAGACGCAAGACGAGGAUUUCGACGGUGCGAGCGCCUCGACAGCGAAGAACGCAUCGCAGGCCUCGACGACUCUCUCGCAAAUCGGUGACGACGCGCCGUUUGCUGAUAGAUUACUGUCGCAAUGGACCGACGACGCCGGGGGAUCGCAUCGCAUGCAGUCGCCGUCGCGAUUCAUCGUUAGCAACACUCAGGAAAUAUAA